AUGAGAAAUUUUACUUUGAAAAACCUCCUUGUAGUUCUUACGAUAUUUGUCAUCUUCGUUAGUAAUGGCUCUAGUGUUAAUACUGGGGUCAUUGAAGCAACGUUUAAAAAAAAUGAUCAAGAUAAAGAAUUAGUAGCCCGGCAACAAACGACAUUAAAAUGUAUUGGAUACUUUAACGGUGACAAAAUUAAUAAAGCUCAUAUAGACUUUAAUAUUGGUGGGAUUAUGAUACCUGAAAAUGCAAUUUACGCGACAUUAACUGCAGAAUGCAACAGUAAGGUUGUAACGCUUAAACCUGACAGUGCCAAAUCAAAAUUAGUAAAAUACAUUAACAAACAGUUCGUUCCUAUGAAAACACUUUACGGAGUACAAUCAUUAGGAAAUAUAGCUGCAUCUCCUAAAAAUUUUGGAUGGUCUGUUAUUGGAAAUUAUUUACUCCAGGCAGACCCUUCUGAAUGUCUUAAUGCUAAUGAGGAAUUGAUUGGUAUGGCUCAGAUGUGCGUGACAUUCAAUGCGCCCGCCGGCUAUAAAACAAUAUCUGAAAUACCAUGCGCGAAAAUAACAUCGAUCGUAGAAGAUUGUCCUCAAAAUAACUCGCCAGAUGCAAUUUUAAUAGAAAAAUUAAAUAAAUUGCUAAAUAGAUUGGCCGAAUACUUCGCAUACUCAAUGAGUAGAUUUGAAAAGGUGAAGAAACCAGAAGAUGAAAAAGCCAAGAAUUUGGGAGAUUGCUUUAAAAAGAUGGCAUUAAAUAUAAAAGUAACCGUAAAAGAAAAUGACAUUUUUUGCGUGACAUGUGAUGAAAUGGAUACUUUAUCUAAUAUUAAUAAGGAAUCAGAAUUACAAGAAGACCGAAUAGAAGUAGUCCGAAAUUUGUUAAAGAAAUCAAAAGAUGUUUUCGAAUGCAAAUUUGAGAUAUGUAUUGACAAAAAUACUUGCGUAGAAAAUAAAGAAUCAGUUAGUAACGAUGGCAUCUCAAGAUUUUCCAGAAGUGCCAUUACGAUUAUGGGAAUACCUUUAUGUAUAAUGUUAAAUCAAUGA